AUGUCCGAAUCAAUGAGGAGUGGGCUCGAGUACGACAUUCACCACCCGGAAACCUUUCUUUUCAAAUUCCUCGCCUGUCACGGAGUCAAUGAUGAAGCUGUUAUUCAUAAAUGGAUGGAAGACACCAAAGAUUUCGUCACCAAGCUUAGAACCAAGGCGUAUGAUAUGACUGGGUCUAACCUUAGAGUUUACCCCAUCGCUAUGCAUAUCAGACUCUACACAAAGCAACUGGAAAACGAGACCAUUGAUGAUGCAAGAAGGCGGGCCAUAAGGCCCGACACUUCGCGUGUGGAGCUUGAGGAUAAGCUCAUUAAGCUUCUCUCCACUCCCCCGCCUUACAAGUUUCUGAUACAAUUAAAAAACGACAGUCACCGAACGAACUGCGGUACUUGUUCGGGCAAGCUUCGUUUUCAAGACUACAUAUUUUUCUUGCCGUGCUCUCAUGCCUAUCAUCAUUCCUGCCUAGCACAUUGGGCGAAACAGAAAAUACAAUGUCAGGUGUGCCUCGAGUACGUGGAUUUUCCAACUUUCCUCGAGUGUGCUGUUCUUCGGACUAAAGACCUCAACUAG